CUAACUUCUCUCCCUGCUCGCGCCUCUCGCCUCCUGCUCGCCAGCAUAUGUAGCUAGCGACUGACACCGAGAAUCUCUCGACUACACCCUGUCGCCAGCAUCGUGUGCCCCGAGCACAAUGGCCAACUACGCCUACCAAGCUCCGCCCAACAACGCCUACAACACCGCCAACCCAGCCCAAAACCUCAACUUCUACCAAUCCUCCUACUCGAACCCGCAGCAGCCCGUCUCCGGCCAGACGACUCCCUUUCAAGCCUACGGCAGCGCGGCCCAACAAUCACAAGGCUAUGGCCAACCAUAUGCGGCAGGAGGAGGAGGAGGAGGAGCUUCGUCGGCAGCGAACUAUGGCUUUGGUGCUUUCCCUGGCCAACCCGGCGCGAGUGGACAAAUGGGCACAGGGCAAGGUGGCCUGCGAACGGGCUGGUUAGCCGCGUUUGGUACAGAGGGUUAUGAUGGGGAGCCGCCAUUGCUUGAGGAGUUGGGAGUCAACUUCAGCCACAUUCAGAUGAAGACGCUGACUGUCCUCAAUCCCAUGGCACGAAUCGAUCAGCAUAUCAUGGACGAUGCAGACCUCGCUGGUCCUUUUCUGUUCUGUGCUCUGUUUGGGACCUUCUUACUCUUGUCUGGCAAACUCUGGUUCGGCUAUGUCUGCGGACUGGCCGCUCUGGGAGCCUUCAGCCUCCACUUCGUCUUCAGCAUGAUGUCCCCACCCCUGUCAUCGGACGAAGUUGCAGCUAUCCAGAACCACAGCGCAAGCCAAUACCAAGGCUCCUCGCACUUCUCCUCCACCCUCACCUUGGGUCGAUCAAGUUCCGUCCUCGGAUAUUGCCUCCUCCCUCUGGUCUUUGCAAGCUUACUGGGUGUCGCUCUCCCGCUAGACACGUUUAUCGGAUACUGCCUCGUUAGCCUGGCAAUUUCAUGGUGCACGUAUUCCAGCUCCGCAAUGUUCUGUGUUGUGGGUAGAAUGUCCAACAUGAGAGGCUUAGUGGCUUAUCCUCUGGCGCUGUUCUAUGCUGGCUUUGGAAUCAUGGCUGUCUUCUCGAGUCGGGGGACGGGAAGAAUCGACCAAAUGACCAAGACCGCUGCUGGACUGUCAGGUGGAAAAUUGUAGUGGAUCUUUUUGCACGGGACGGAUGCGCAGCAUGAAUGAGCCGUCUCCUCCUCGUUCUUCGCUUCCUGUAACGUACCAUUGUAUAGCGUUACGACCAGCGGACAAGCGCGCACAAGGCUGGAGGAACGCACACACGGCAAAUCGAGCUGCAAUCGAUCACACAGGACUUCAGCAAGCAUAACGACCUCAAGUCUAUGCUGUCUGCAUGAUGACGCUGGCGAAGAAUCGCUAGUGGCACCAUUCAGCACCAGUUCGAUCAGUCUUCUCGAGCAAUAUGCAAAGAUUCCUCGGGCGAUUCGCGAUUGCGAGUCACAAUCACAGACCCACCCAUUGAACAGCCACCCUCCGAGUACACUUGGCUGCCCAGCCCUCGUGUCCGUCUAAGCCAACACCCGACAUUACGCAUCUACUGCCACUCGGAGGGCAGCACUUCAUCAUGCCAAUAUCAAUGGACGAGUUCGGCUGUUGCUAUUGGUAUACCGCUUCUCCAAAUCUCAAACAGAGUCGUCAGCAGCCUCUGCUUGGCUGAUAGGCAGUUGAACAUUGCGGUAGCCGCACAUCCAUAAACGUCUAUAUAAUAUGAGUCAAAGACAGACAGAUUCCUUCGUUGCAGCACCUCGCUGUACAAUCAAAUCAUUCUUCACUUGGAGGCUACAAUCAGCAAUCUCUCACAAUCAAACUACCUGACUUUGUCCUUCAGACAUGGCCUCCCUGCUCACCCUCGGACUGGUCCUCACCAGGCUCGCCAUUGCUCAAAACGUGACCGUACCAGCUGUUAUUGGCAGGAACGCUAUUGCUCAGCAGACUGGUGGUGGUGGUGGUGGAGGAACCGCUGGCGGUGGCGGUGGAGGAACCGCUGGCGGCGGUGGCGGAGGAACCAUUGGCGGCAGGGAUGCUAUUGCUCAGGCAGUAACAACACCAAUUGUUGAAGGAAGCGCCAUUGUCGGCAGGGAUGCUAUUGCUCAAGUGACACAACCAGGUGGCGGUGGAGGAACCAUUGGCGGCAGAGACGCCAUUGCUCAGCAAACACCAAUGCCAUCAGCCAUUUCAGCCAUUCUCGUCGGCAGGGAUGCCAUUGCCCAGGAAGAAUUGGAACCGAUCCAUGAUCCAAUGGUCAAGAGGAAUGCUAUUGCCCAGGAAGAAUUGGAACCGAUCCAUGAUCCAAUGGUCAAGAGGAAUGCCAUUGCUCAGGAAGCAUUGGAACCGACCCCGAUGGUCAAGAGGUAUGCCAUUGCUCAGGAAGCAUUGGAACCGAC